AUGGCCAUUUUCUAUUGCUUUCCGGAACCGGAAACGCUGUACGAAUGCGUGAGUCUCAUUAGCCGACUGCAGUUCGCACUGUGCUGCAGCGGCUUCUUUGAGCGCGGCGGCCGCUUUGUAAUGAACAAAUGGACGCGCCUCUAUUCGCUGAGCUGCGCCUGCCUGGCCGUGCUGGGCCUGGCCGGCACGGUGCACAUCCUGAUGCAGAACCAGCUGCUGCGUCAGCGUGUGCUGCGGCUGGACAAGCUGGUGCUGAGCAUCAUGUGCCUGGAGCUGGUCAUCUCGACGCUUGUGUUCCUCUUCACAAUGCUAUCGCUGCAGGCCUGGGCACAGCGAAAUUUGCGCAUCUACCAGCGGCUGGCCGAGCUGGACAAACAGUUGAUCGGGCAUUUUGGAGCACGGCUCAACUAUAGGAAGCUGCUGCGCAAGCACAUGCUGGUGCUCUCCAUGGUCGCCGUGCUGUACUUUGGGGCUGUGAACACGGGCCUGGCGAGCCUGGCCAAGGGUCGUCAGCUGGGCAUUGUGGUGCCCGCCGCUUUGUGUUACCUGAUCAUAACCAGCGGGCCGCAUUUGACGGGCUUUGUGCACAUGAGUCUGGCCGAGCUGCUCGGCAUACGGUUUCGCCUGCUGCAGCAGCUGCUGCAGCCGCAGUUGCUCCACAGGCGCUUUGGCGGACAGCCGCAGCUGCUGGAGCGACGCGUUUGCAGCCUGGUCGAUAUGGUCAAAGAGCUACACUAUCUGAUACAGGAAAUCAAUAGGGUCUACAGUCUCAGCUUAUGGUCGGCCAUGGCGCACGACUUUACGCUCAGCACCAGCGAGCUCUACAUCAUAUUCGGGCGCUCCAACGACAACAACAACAAUAACAACAGCAAUGAGCCGGGGGACGACAUGAGCCUCAUGCUGCUCGGGUUUCUGUCCAUCUGCCUGCUGGUGCCCUUCUACAAGAUGCUCAUCGGGCCAGUCUACUGCAGCCACAGCGUGGACGAGGGACGCAAGUGUCUGCAUUUGCUGGAACAGUUGGAUGAUUGGUUUCCGGAAAGCGUCGCCAUCAGGCAGCUGGUCGAGUCCAUUAUGCGCUGGCGUGUGCAGUUCAAAAUCGAAUUCACCAGCGGCACGGGCACGGUGCUCAACAAGACCGUGAUUACGCUGUACACGUCCAUUGUGUUCAACUAUUUGCUGGUGCUCAUCUCUUUUGCCAUGAUACAGAAACUGGGCGAGCAGGUCGAACAGCAGAAAGUCGCGCUGCAGGAUUGGAUAGGCAUUUAA